UGACCUAAUCUCUCCUUUUGCCUUCCAGUUCUUCGCCAUCAUCUUCGGCCUGAUCUACCUCGACACCGGCGGCGAGGACCCAGAGUUCAACGUGAUGGCCCAGAAUGUCAGCGGGAUGCUCUUCACCUUCACGACGAACCUCAGUUUCUCCAAUUUGUUUCCUGUUGUUACGGUGUUCUCUGGCCUGAUGCCGCUCUUCCUGAGGGAACACUGGAACGGCCUCUAUCGCACUGAUAUCUUCUUCCUGACGAGGUCCCUCCUGGAGCUUCCUGUCUUCCUGGUCGGGCCAGUUGGCUUCACGGCGAUCAUAUAUUAUAUGGUGGGACUUCGGCCCGGAGUGCAGUACUUUUUCACUGCUAUGGGUAUUCUGACUCUGGUGGCUAAUGUAGCAGUGUCUUAUGGCUACAUGAUCUCGUGUCUGGCCAAGAACUACCAGACGGCGCUGGUGCUCUCCACGCCCCU